AAGCAUUAUAUUAUUGAUUAUUCAAAUUCAAACUCAUAUUGACUCAAAUUAUUUGCCCAACUUUAUUUCACUUGAUUAUCUGACAUCUCUUUGCUUUCAUGGCUGAAGAAAUCACCUUUAAAAUUGAAACCAUUAAUAAACUACUCCAUGAGCACUUUAAAGAUAAAAAAACGAAGUUGACCGAAGAUGCAUUGAAAUUGAUGGCAGAAUUCUUACGAGUUUUUGUUGCAGAAGGUGCUGCAAGGGCAGGUCAUCAAGCAAAGACAGAAUCAGCUGCUACUGUGGAGAUUGAGCAUUUAGAGAAAAUUCUUCCUCAAUUACUUCUUGAUUUUUAAUCCAUUUUCAAUGGUACACCUUUUAUGCUCCUAAUGAAAAGAUCUAUAUAUACAUAUGAUGAAUGCUAAUCAUUUUACUGGGAUUGAAGAUAUUUAUGUGUUACCAUUCCUUUGUUAUAAAGAAUGCAUUUGUAAAUUUUCCCAGUUAGUGUUGUCUACAUUUGUAGAAAAACGUAGAAAACAAUAGAUUUCAAAGAAACGUAA